AGAGAGAGAGAGAGAGAAGUGAGCUUCUCUUACUCUUUCAAUUUCAAAAACCUAAAAUCACAAGUUCACAGUCAAUCUCUUUCUCCGUGUAUGUUAUAUUUACGUGUUUGUAUUAGUAUUCCGUUUAUCAGAUUUGAGUUUCGGUUUACUGUUUCUGGAGCAAAUUCAUUCGCUUCUUCCGGGACGAUAAGCGUCAGAAUUGACUUAGUGAGGGCGAGGAGCGAAGAUGAGCAGCAGAAGGGAAGAAGAGCGGAACGAGAAGAUAAUCCGGGGGCUCAUGAAACUCCCUCCCAAUCGCCGAUGCAUUAACUGCGACAGCUUGGGACCCCAGUAUGUCUGUACAAACUUCUGGACUUUUGUUUGUAUGACUUGCAGUGGAAUACACCGUGAGUUUACUCAUCGUGUGAAGUCUGUGUCCAUGGCUAAAUUUACUUCCCAAGAAGUUGAAUCUCUUCAAAAUGGUGGUAAUCAGCGUGCAAGGGAGACAUAUCUGAAAAACUGGGACCCACAAAGGCAAAGGUUACCUGAUAACAGUAAUGUUGAUAAAGUCCGAGAAUUUAUAAAGAAUGUUUAUGUGGAUAAACGAUAUGCUGGAGCACAGUCGACGGAUAGACCUCCAAGGGGUACACAAAACUUUAGAGGCCAUGUAGAUGAGACGAGACGGGCAAGUUCGUAUCAUUCUUAUUCUCAAAGUCCACCAUAUGAUUUCCAGUAUGAAGAGCGGCUUUAUGGAAAACAUGGUCCUGUUCUUACAAGAAAGCCUGGUUCAGAUAGAGGUCUUUAUGAAGGAAAAUUCUCUAGCUUCUCAAGUCCUAGUCAUUUGAGUGACCAAGCGUAUGAGGACAGGUUUGCAAAUGAAGGUUCUAAUCCCAGAGCUUCUGAUUUUUCUGUGUCUAGUGGAGGUGAUCCAUUCAGAUCUGAGGGGCAGUCACCAAACUACCAAAGAGACACUGGUUUUCCUGGCCGUCCACAGAGAACUGCGUCAUUAGGAAGCUUUGGAUCAUUAGAGAACUCCUUGUCUAUCAAUUCAUCAAGUUCUUUUGAUUUAAUUGAUGCUGGUUCAGAGCCUGAACAAUCAGUCAAGACCCACCACAACAAAUUGUCACCUUUGCCUUCUUUGCCUCGCUCAUCAGUAGACUUAUCCAGUGCUCCUGCAACUUCACAAACUAUUCCUUCAGUCUCAAAUAUAGCUCAUUUGACAGAGACAUCGGUGACUUCCUCACUUGAUUUGUUUCAGCAUUCUCCUAUAUCUACCAAUCAAACUCCUGGUUCACAUCAAAUGCCACAAGCUCCUGCUUCAGGUUUGGAUUUAUUCCCGGAGGUGCCUACCCAGCAAUCAGCUGCGCCAUCUGGUGACAGCACCUUGAAAAAUGAGGGGUGGGCAACAUUUGACAUGCCUCAGCACACAGCUCCAGCGGGAAGUGAGGAGUUUACACAAUUGACAACUCUUUUUCCUGAUGCUAACUCAUUAAACCUUUUCUCCGGGAUGCCGCAACAGCAGUCAGAUGCAUUAUCCAACAAAAGUUCAUCAGAUGCUGUUAUCCACAAGAAUGAUGGAUGGGCAGCAUUUGACAUGCCACAGCACACAACAACAAUUGGCGCUGAUACUUCUUUAGGAAAUUAUAGCCCGCUUUUGUCUCUCCUGCAAGGCCCAUCUGUCCAAGGUUCUACCCUUAAUGGGCUAUCCUUUCCUUACUCUGACGCUCAAGGAGCAUAUUCAUCGAUGCCUGCUCCAUUGCAUGAAGGCAACCAAAAUGCUGAAGCAACCCCAAGUGGCAGCUCUGAGCAAUGGAAAGCAUUUGAAAAUUCCAGUGAUUGCUUAGCAUCACUGACUGCUCAAAGUAGCGACCAACAAGUUUUUACAGACCAUCAUCCUGUUACUGAUCAAUAUACGGGAUUAAGAGGAUUAGAGAAUUUUGCUAAUGAUGAAAUUCAAACAGCUGCAGUGGGAGGUGGCCAUCAAAUUUCUAGCAUAUCAUCAUAUGUGGGAGAACAUGAACUUGAAAAUAACAAAUCUACCAAUCCAUUUGACCUCCCGUAUGAAUCUGAUAUGGAAACCAACAAUAUGCCUCAUUUCUGGGACAUGAGCUCGUUACAAGCUGCAUUGCCAAAUGGAGAGUUGCCAACUUCCUUUGUUGGUGAUGUGAGCGGGCCUUGGUUUUCACAGGAUUCAGUUGCAUCUUAUGUUCCUGCUGGAUCAGAAGCCACCUUGGGAUUCAUUUCAGCACAACCUACAGGCAACCCUAUAUCGAAAGUUCCAACACAAGGGCCUGUUGCUCCAGUUGGUGGAAAUCCUUUCGCAUGAAGAUUUUCUCUGCCACCGUUAGAUUUUUAUUUUGUACUAUCAGAAUUGGGGAUAGGUUUCUAUUUCUCAAGUAUGGGAUUUUCAGUUUGUAUUAUUUUUGUGAAAUAAGACGCUGUCUAGAUAUUUUAUCUCAUAUAUCUGUGUUGCAUUCUUGUACUGUUUUAUCAAGAAUUGAGAUACUGUGUUGUACAACACUUAUCCAAAUGCCUUUGGUUCCUUUUCAAA